UAACACGGGCGUUUGUAUACAGACAGUGGCUGUUUGAAAGUAGUUUGUGCACAAGUGUGAGUUAAUGUGAUGACAACACUUUAGAUUGUAGUACGGAAUGUGAACAUAUUCCACAAAAAAUAGAAAAAUGACAGUUAAUCAGCCGUUGGAUUCAAAAGAAGUCCAGGAGUUCCAGUUCAAGUUGAUAUGUCGUCUUAAUGUUUUUUCGGACGGAGAGUUUGAUUACAGUGGUUACCUUAAUCUUGUCGCGACAGCGAGCAAAUAUAACUUGGCUUUCGUUGGAUGCCCGAGCGGAGUGCAAGCAAUAAUUAUUUCUGCUGUUGUAAACAGUGAAGCCCAUGGAAAUAAGUCUUUAACCGAGUAUCCUCAUCGUAAGCUAAACCUUGGCAAUCAGCCAUCACAUCUGAGCAUAAGCUGUGACCAGUCAUGUAUUGUGAUUGCGGUAAAAAAGGACGGUUGCCCCCACGCAUUGAUCUACAGCGUAUCAUCUUUCUUAUCAAAGAAUAUUACUUUGCUGAAUGAAGUAAGGUUAUCAGCCAGCCUGAAUACCCACAUCUUGGAUCUUACUUGGAAUCCUGGGAUACCAAACAUCUUUGCUACUUGCUUAUCAGAUGGAACUGUGGGUGUUUAUGAAUUCAAAUCUACAGGAACUGAUAUAAAAACACUUCCUCCAGAAGCUCAGGCUGCUUGCUUCAGCUGGAGUCCUCGUGGUAAACAACUUGUUGUUGGUACUCGUUAUGGAGAGCUUAUACAAUACAAACCAGACCUCAAGCCAGUCAAAACUCUCCCAGCUCCAACACUUUCUGAGAACCCUGUCUCAGUUGUUAAUGUCACUUGGAUAUCAAAUUACCAAUUUGCUGCUGUGUAUCAUGACAAAGUGAAUGAAACUGAGAGACCAGGUCUGGUAAUCGUUAAUGCUCCAAAGAGUGGUGCUGUUUCUUUUGUCAACUUUGAUGACAUCUGUUAUAGCUCUGGUGAAUUGAGAAGACCACAGUUUUACUUGCAUCAUCAACAGACGUGGAAUGUGAUACUUGUUGCAUCUGCUAAUAGUAUGGAAGUUGGGGUGAUUGGGCUGACUGAAGAUCAAGUAAGUUGGCAGCAGUGGAUGCAAGAAGAUGCGUGCAGAGCAGAGCUUCCAAUGUCUUCAGACAAACAGGAAACAUUUCCUAUUGGCUUAGCACUGGAUACCAGCACAACUCAUGAGCUACCCUGGGGUGACAACCAGAUGAUUCCCCCUAUGCCUGUGUUACAUCUGCUGUCUCACAAAGGAGUCCUGUGCUUGUUUUAUGUUAUCAAUGUUAUUCCUGGAGCUGUUACUGUAUGCUCACCACCAGAAAAAGUGGCAGAUGAGAGUGUUGUUGCAUUAUUUUCUAGCAAGGCACCAGAUGUGUCAUCUGCAACAGAAAUAAGUCCUACAGGAAGUAGAGUCAAUCUUGCUCCAAAGUUUGAAAAUGCCAGUGUUCCAAAGCCAAUGGCCCCCGUUCAGAGUAUACCAUUACAGAAAGAAGCCUCUAGUCUCACCCUUCAGACAAAUGUGUCGGAACCUGGAAUUGGGAUUCUGAAUUCAGGAUUUUCAUCUCCAUUCUUCAGUGUGAAAGCUUCUGUGGCCAGUGUUACUGAAAAACCCCAACCAACAAUGAGUUUUAUAAAUUCAUUACAAAGUGGAGCUGGUGGAAACAUUUCAGGUUUUUCUACAGGAAAAUCGACAGGUGCAAAUUUGACACAGGCUCCAUCACCGAUAAGCUCUCAGAGCAACCAGGCACCAUCAUUAACUUCCUCUUUUAUUAGUCAGAUGCCAUCAGUGAUGGGCUCUCAAAAUAACCUGACACCAUCAGUGAUGAGCUCUCAAAGUAACCUGACACCAUCAGUGAUGAGCUCUCAAAGUAACCUGACACCAUUAGUGAUGAGCUCUCAAAGUAACCUGACACCAUCAGUGAUGAGCUCUCAAAGUAACAUGAUACCGUCAGUGAUGAGCUCUCAAAACAGCCCGACACCAUCAGGCAUGAGCUCUCAAAGUAACCUGACACCAUCAUUGAUGAACCCUCAGAGCAGCCUGACACCAUCUGUGGUGGGCUCUCAAAGUACCCUGGCACCAUCAGUGAUGAGCUCUCAAAAUAAAGUGGCACCAUCAAUGACGAGCUCUCAAAGUAACAUUAUGUUUCCUGCUUCGUCUGUUAGUGUAGCUUCCGGUGACAGUAGGAAUGAUUCUACUCCAGUGAAAGUUGAUAACAUUGUGCAGCCUAAUAUUGAUUCGUUAUCAUCAACAGAGAGCAAUGAGAUAACAGCAAAUGUUAUAAGAGCUGCAAUCACAGAAGAAAUUCAGUUAUUUGAAAGAGAGCUUGCAGAUCUUCGCAAGAGAGUUAACAGUGUAAAUACACAUGUUGGAAUACAGGAGGAAAGAACAUUAUUGCAGAAAAAAGUAGAAAAUAUGGAGGAAUUUUGUCGUGAGCUUGAAGAAACAACACGAGCUCAAACAACUGAGGUGCAAUCCCUGAGAGGCUUGAUGAUGGAAACAUUUGUUUGGGUAGAGGAUGCCAGAUCUCGUCGACGGAAAAUCACCAAACCACCUGAGCUUGAAGAACUUCCAUUACUGCAAGACCUGGAUCCUGUUAUUUUGCACUACUGGACAAGCAUCCAACAGUCAAUGUUUUACGUGGAGAAUCAGCUGAAACAACUUAAUGAUACCCUUGAUCUUGAUUGGCAACAGUUUCAGAAUGCCUGCAAAAAGAAUUCAGGAAAUACUUUACAGGUUCCUACACUUGAAGCUAUAUACAAAGUGUUAACACUGGAAAAUAGCAUUCUUUUAAAAAAACGAGCCGAUGUCGAGAAAAUAAUUAAACAAGUGGAUCAGUACAGAAAGAGACAAGGAAAACGGACAUCAUUGCUUGCAGCAUUGAACUCUUCAAAACGUCAACCAUUUGAUAAAGGAGAGAAUGACAUUUCUAGGUUGGCUGAAAAAUUACUGCAGAGCAAGCUGUCAGAUACGGAUGCUGUUGGAUCAGAGAACAUUAAGAAGAUGGUGUCUAUGAAUAGAAGGGCUACACUUACUGCAAGACAGAAGAAGCUGAGUGCCAAGAAGCAGAAUGUGCUUCAAGAUCUUUUGAUGCAACACGUUGCUUCCCACAUUACUCCAAUCAAAACUGUUAGGGACCGAUUCACUCCUAGUUCCUCACUCCUUAACUUGGCACCCUUUACCACUUCUUCACUGAAACUUGGAGGUAUUUUGUCUGGUAGGCCUGUUGCCCAGAACCAAACAGCUACAAUUUCUCAAUCUUCAUUGCUGACAGCACCAAACAUACAGCAAAGGCUAAGUAGUACAUAUUUAUCAGAUAAUAAAAGUGUUCCCCAAACAUUUACCAUGGCAACAAAUAACAGACCUCAGCAGACAAAUCCUCUAGCUUCUUUGAGCAAUAUGGUGGUUGGUGUAAUUAAUUGUAGCACUGAAUCGAUAAGUACCUACAAUCCAUCUGGUUUUACUAAAACUGGAUCUGCACCAUUAUUUAUGUUUAAAGUACCCAGUGAUACACAAAAUGCACCCAUGGCCAGACCAGGAACUAUAGCAGUAAGAGAUGAUCUACAUAAUGUGGUUUCAUCUGCAUCAAGUUCUCUCCCCUUAACACCAACUGUUACAGGUGUGACCUCCUAUGAUUCUAGCUUGAAUAAGGGAAUUUCACCUAGUUUCAAUUUUGGUCAGUGCAUUCAACCUGCAGUACUUGGGAGAGACAUGGGAAAGAAAGAAACUUCUGGGUCAGCUGGUGCACAGACUGGACAGCUGCAGUCAUCUACUGUCUCAAUUGGCACUGUCGCAAAAUCUGUAACAGAUGUGCAGCAGCUGAAUAAUUCAAAUUCACUUAUCUCAAAACCAAGUGCUUCAGUGCAUUCCUUGUUUGUAAAUUUGAAUUCUCAGAGUUUUUCAUCUAGUACUACACUUGCUUCUAAGUCAGAAGUGAACAGUGCUAUGGCAGGCAAGAACCAGCCAGUGUGUGAUACAACAACUGUUACACAGCCAGCUGAUCUUGUUUCAACAGCCUCAUCAAGGUCACUUAAUACAGGAUUUGCUUUCAGUGGCGGUUCACCUUCUGCACCAGGUUUAUCGUUUCAGAAGUCAACUCCAGCAACAGUACAAUCAUCACCAACUCUUUUUGGAACCAGUUUCUCAAAAGGAAACACUUCACAAGCCAGCAGCAGUAGCAGUAAUUUGUCUGAACCAGCCACAGUUACUGUUACACAAGUGUCGCCAUUACUUGCCAGCUCUGGUGAUAAAAAAACAUCUACUUCUGAAUCAUCUGGCAGCUUUGCAUCCUCUGUAUCACAGCCAUUGUUUGGAAAUAUCCAAGGAAAGGUUUCAGCACCUGUGACAGCCUUCAGCUUCGGUCAGGUAGCAGUGUCAUCAAAGUCAGACAAAGAAACAGAACUAUCAAGUGCUUCUUCAACUGGGGGAUCUAUUUUUGGUUCACUGCAACAGAAAGGAGUACCAUCAUUCAGUUUUGGACAAUCGGCAACAACAGUAUCCUCAAGUGCAGUAGAAAGCCCUAAAAUGGGUUCUGUCGCUUUUUCAGCUGCUUCUGAAAGUCCAUCUGCCAGCUCUAGCACAACAUCUGUGGAAUCUGAAGAAACUGAUCUGACAAAAACUGAUCCAAGCAUUGUGAAACCACAGGCACAAGUAUCGUCAGAAAUUCCAGAGUCCACCUCUGCUUCAUCAGUUGUGCCUCCUGAGAGCCAAUUAUUUUCUUUUUCUCUCUCAGAUAAGGCACCUCAGUCACCUGUGCAGAAUCAAGCAACUGCUAAUACAAUUGCUGCUGCUGUUGCUGCUACUACUACUACUACUACUACUACUACUACCACCACCACCACCACUACCUCCACUACUAAUGCCACUACCACUACUACAGCAGCGUCUUUAUUCUUUGGACAACCUAUUUGUAGUGUUGCACCAACUGGAAAGGGAGGAGCAAAUAUAUUUUCCCAAGCAGCUGGUUCAAAGCAAGUGUUUGGAAAUUUAUCAACAACAGCUAAUAGCAGUAUAUUUGGAACAGCUCCAUCUAACACAGCAGUCACAAAACCUCUUUUUGGGUCAUCAGCAACAAACACUUCAUCACCACCAACAACAACAGCAACAACAACAUCAUUGUUCACUAAUGUGUCAAAAAGCACAUCUCUGUUUGGUACAGCAUCAACUACUAUAUUCUCAAAUACUCCUCUCUUUGGAGGAUCCUCUUCCCCUGCAGUUACCACAUCAGCACCAUCUGCUCCAUCAGGUGAUGCACUGUCAGUCAUACCUACUAGUGUUUCAGAGGUUUCAAGUACCAUUGCAAUAAGUACCUCCCCUAGCACCACUACACAACCAGAUACAGUUUCAGUAGUUAGUGUGUCAUCACUUGCAACCCCUGACACAUCCACAACUGCUCCAGCCACAUUGCCUACUCUUUUUGGUACAAAUGUAACAAAAGUUUCAAGUUCUGCUCCCUCUGUGUUUGGAACAUUGGCAACUCCUGCUGCUGUGUCAUCAUCAAAUCUGUUUGCUACACCAUCUACUGUUACACCUACCACGGUAGCUGCUGUAUUUGGUGCAUCAACUGCUCCAACAACAGUGUCACCCACUGUCACCACAGUAGUUACUACUGGUACUACUGCUUCUUCUAUAACAACAGUAUCAAGUAGCAACACUGCUGCUCCUACUGCUACCACUACCACCACAACUUCAUCCAGUGUAUCACCCAUUUUUGGAGGGUCUACUGUACCAACCACAUUGUCGUCAAUAUUUGGUGCAAUUAGCAUUACAACAUCAGCUCCAUCAUUGUUUGGUGCAGCUGUUAGCACAUCGACAUCGGCUCCUUCACUGUUUGGCUCAGCUGUUGCAACAUCACAAUCAGGUUUUGGAGCAACUACGACAACAUCAGCUCCCUCCUUAUUCGGGACAAGUUUGCAGCCCUCUGCAGCGCCCUCAUUAUUUGGUCAACCUCAAGUCAGCCAGUCCACCACACCUUCACUGUUUGGUAGUACUCCUGCAACAAGUACCCCUUCAUUGUUUGGUGGUAAUACAGAUAAACCUUCAUUAUUUGGUGGUAACUCAACACAGUCUAGUACAUCUAUAUUUGGAGGUAAGCCUGUAUUUGGACAAUCUCCUGUUGCAACGUCAUCUUCUGCUUUUGGUCAGACUGCUAACGUAUUUGGCCAGAACACAACACCAGUGUUUGGUGGAGGUACUUCAGGGGAUGGAUUCGGAAGCAAACCAGCAUUUGGACAGACAGGGGGCUCUGUGUUUGGACAGACACCAAAAUUUGGGUUUGGUGGUUCAAAUUUUGGAGGAGGAACAUCUCUUUUUGGUGGUUCCAGCACAGCGGGGAAUUCUUUUAAGCCAGGAGGUUCACUGUUUGGUGGAGCCAGUACAACUACUACUCAGUCUGGUGGUACAUUCAGUGCUGCUGCAGGCCAAGGAGUUGGGCAAACAGGAUUUGGCUCAGCCCCUGCAUUUCAGAAUAAGCCAGGUGGAUUUGGAUCUGCACCAGUUUUUGGUGCUGGAAGCCCAGCGGGCAGUGCUGGCUUUGGUUCUCCCCCAACAUUUGGAGGUGCUCCAACCUUUGGGGGUUCACCUACAUUUGGCAGUGCAAACAGAGUAUUUGGUUCACCUGCAGCAGCAAGUCCAAGUUUCGGAGCAUCACCUACAGGACAGCAGCAGUCGAAUACCUUUGAAAGCUUAGCUUCUCAGAAUACAUUGACAUUUGGAAAUUUGGCCAAUCAAAAUCCUGGAUUUGGUUCUCCACAGCCAUCAUUAUUUGGAGGGACACAGACAUCUCCAAAUAACCCACCAGCAUUUUCCAGUAGUAGCAGUACCAGUUUUGGUGGCAGUUCAUUCUCCAGUUGGAGGUAAGGCAGGAGCCUUUACCUUGCUCCUACUUUUUAAGACUGUUAGCACCUUGGGGCACAUGCAAGGUAAUUAAAAAAAAAAUGAAGACUAGAAAAUGUUCUGUAUUUAUGUAAAAUUUAUUACUGUAUUCUGAAGCACAUAAAUAAAUGAAUGCUGUUUUUAGUCACUUA